UGCUGCAUCUACCACAAGGGCGGCUCCGGUGCAGCAAACAACCAUCACAAGGUGGGUGGACAACGCAACUCAAAAGAAGUUGGACAUUGCAUGGGCGGAGGCAAUGUUCCGGGCGGGAAUCGCGUUCUAUUUUUUGAACUUGGACACCACUCUCAAACUGCACGAGGUGUAUUUGGAGGUGGCUAGCGCGCGAUCGAAGGUGAAAUUGCCUUCUGCGAAGCACAUCCGGACGGUGAUGCUCGACUUCAUCUUUUUGCGCAUUCAAAAGGAAGUGCAGCCUCUGACUGCAUGCUGGGAUGUCACGGGCUGCACUUUAAUCAUGGACGGGUCGACCGAUUGGAGGGCAAGACCUGUCAUGAAUUUCUUGGCGGCGGGGGAGCAGGGAGCGGUGCUGGUGGCAACGGUGUCGAAGGAUGGAAAGAAGAAGAUCGGACCAGCGCUGGCCAGACUUUGGGAGAAGAUAAUGAGGGAGAUCGGGCUGCAACGCAUCAAUGCAGUUUGCACCGACAAUGCGGAGGUGAACAAGAAGGCCGCACAGAUUUUGGAGUGUCGCAUGGACUUGGCAGUGGCACGGAUACCUUGGGUUCCGUGUGCUGCGCAUUGCCGCAGCUUGCUGCUAAGAGAUAUCAGCAAGUUGGAUUGGAUCAAGGGCACGGUGAAGCGGAGCCACACCAUUGUUAAUGUAAUACGGAACAACCAUUGCACACAUAACCUGAUGAUGUCGUUGGACGACUCAUUAUCGCGCUUGCGACCGAUCGAGGUCCGUUUUGGGUCGGUCAACAUGAUGAUGGAGCGGUUAUACAAUUGGAGAGCGAUUUUGAAGCAGAUGGUCGAAGGGAGCCUAGUCGGGAGAUGGAAGGCGAUGCGGUGGUUGACGACCAAGCUGCAGUCCAAAGCGGAUUUUGUCUUCUUCACAUUGCGGAGUGAGGGUUGGUGGCCUGAGUUGAAGAAGGUGGUGGAGGUGAUGGAAGCAUUGUAUGUAUUGCUUCGGAGGAUGGACAAGGAGGGGACUGCCCCGUCAAACCUUGUGGAGUACGACCGGCUAAUGGAGAGGAUGCUGACGGAGGUCGUGCUGACGGAGGAGCAGCGACAUACGGUGCUCGAGAAGGUGAGGGACGACAUGAAGAUGAUGCGGCAACCGGUACACGCCUUCGCUUUUCUUCUCGACCCGCGGAGGAGAGAGCCGAAGUGGUUGUUGGACCGGGACAGCGCACUUGUGCAGAAUGCGCUGCGUUAUUUGCAGCGGCAGAUCGGCGGUGCUUGGAAAUCAGACGCCCACGUGCAGAUUCUCAGUGACCUGCGAGAGUUCCACACGAAACUGACCGGGCAUAAUCCCUGGCGGAAGGACAAGAAAAUGUGGGAUGGCGAUGCGCUGCUGCACUCCGGGAAAAACUUGAAGGGUGUCUUUAUCGACUUGUGGGCGCAGUUCUUCGAGUCUCUUUCGGAGCCUGAGGCGGAUGAUGGUUCUAUUUUGAAGGACCUGGUGGAGGAGAAGGACAAGACAGAGGAAGAGCUGGUGCGGGAACGGGCCUUCAUCAAGACACCGAAGGGCCGGAUUCCGAAGAGCCUCGUAGACGAGGAGGAGGAGUGCACUGACGACAACGACCUUGACGACGAGGUGUGGAAGGGAAAGACUCCAUGGUCGGAAGCGUUUAGCGAAGGGGAAGUUGACGAGUCAUCGGAUGAUGACUUUGAGUUGGGAAUCCCGCCGUCAAUCCUGUGCAUUAUAUAUACCGACACCGAAAUGGAGAUGGUGCUUCGCCGCGGUCCAAUCAACACAAAUGAGGAGGAGGCCGACCAUGCAAAGGCAUGGGCUGAUGCGGAUCAAGAACGGGUGCAAAGGAAAAUGAGGGAGGAGGAGAAGCGACGCGCAGCUAUACCAACCCGCAAAGAAUUGGAGAAACUAAAGAAGAAGGUUGGAGAGCAAGAAUCGGAGCCAGUGGGGAAUAUGGGCCGGCUAGAGGAGGAUAAAGAAGAGGCGAUGGGCCAGCGAGAGGAGGAGGCAGAACAGGAGAUUGGCCAGCCAAGGGUGGAAGAAGAAAAGAUGGAGGAGCAAGAGGAGGGAGAAGAAGAGGCUGGCAUGGAACAGCAAGAAGAGGAGGAAGAGGAGAGAGAAGAAGAGGCUGGCAUGGAGCAGCAAGAAGAGGAGGAAGAGGAGGGAGAAGAAGAGGCUGGCAUGGAGCAACGAGAGGAGGAGAUGGAACAGGAGCAAGGGGAGGUCACGGAACAGCAAGAAGAGGAGCUGGAGGAGAGUGAGAAGGAGCGUCUGCAGGAAAAGACGGCGAACAUCGAGGAGGAUGAACAGCAGCAUGCACCGACGACCGUGUACAACCGUUGGAAGCAAACUGUGGAGGCUGCUGGCUCAUCGGAGAAUUCCCCCGACUUCCCAGCCAGCAACGCAGAAGCCCAACACGACAACCUGUGGGUCAGCAGGGUUGGGAGGAAGAGGAAGGCGCCCUGUGAGGACGAACGGCCGAAGCCAAAACUUCCACGUGGCAGGCCUCGGAAGAACGCGACUGCCGGUCCGGCUGCAAAGCCGGAAAAAAAAAAACUGCGGUGCAAGGCUCACAAACAAAUUGUUGAGGAUGACCCCGAAUCCGGCAUCUGCAGCGAGCAGUUUGCCGAAGAAGAGGGUGGCACCUCUGACUGAGCUGGUGUGUUCGUGUUUGUGAGUGCGUGUGGAGAGAGAGAGAGAGAGAGAGAGAGAGAGAGGUGUUCGAAUGUGGACCGAUAUUGGCCAUAUGCAGCUGAUAUGCUGCUAAAGAACUCAUAGAUUCCCUGCAAGUUGUUAGUUUAAAAGUCUUCUUCUUCGUCUUGUCAAUCUUAACAGUCUUCUUCUUCUUCUACUUCUCGUCAGUCUUCUUCAUUUUUGGUCAGAAUGAAAGGGUCGAUAAGUU